AUUAAUCAUGGACAAUAGUGAAAUUCCACAAAUUUCCUGCGAACAAUUGAAAAGACAUCGUGGUUUAGAAUUAUUCAGUGGAAUAGGAGGAAUGCAUUAUGCUCUUCGUCAGUCCGGUAAAACUUUCGAAGUCGUUGAAGCGAUUGACAUCAAUCCGUUAGCGAACCAAAUUUACAAUCACAACUUUGGACGGGGUAAAGCGAAGAACAAAAAUAUUCUCGGUUUAACUUCUGACGCCGUCCGCCAGAUGGAUGUCAACGUGGUUUUGAUGUCCCCACCGUGUCAGCCGUUUAGCCGCAACGGUAACUUCGGAGACGUUGCAGAUCACCGGUCCGAUCCGUUUGUUCACAUUUGUGGCCUACUCGAGCAUAUGUCAUCGGUUCAAUUUAUUCUUCUGGAAAAUGUGAAAGGUUUCGAGCGUUCCAAGGCAUGCGAGCUGUACAAGACGAAACUGGUGGCCGCUGGUUUCAAUUACAGAGAAUAUAUUUUAUCACCCCAUGCGUUCGGUGUCCCAAAUACUCGACAUCGUUACUAUUGUGUAGCAAAGCGAGGGCACUUUAGAAGUGCUAGUCAAAAUCAAAUCAUUACCGAACCCACUAAGGAGCACAUACAGAUGGCAAGGAUGCUCAAUGAACUCGUUGAAGAUGAUUCUCCACAGUUAGAUAAAUAUUUGCUUAAAGAUGAUAUUCUACAGAAGCGAUUGGCCAUAAUGGACAUCUGCACACCGGACUCGAGCAAUUCAAUGUGUUUCACUAAGGCUUACACGCACUAUGCCGAGGGCACAGGAUCGGUUUAUAGCCCACUUCCAAGAGCACAAUUUGAUACCAUCUACCGGCAAAUGUUGAUGAGCGUCGACGAAGAGGAACGACGUACCUUGCGCAGUCAGCUACGGCUGCGGUAUUUUACCCCGAAGGAAGUCGCGAAACUAAUGUGCUUUCCGGAUGAUUUCCGUUUUCCGCCGGAAACUACCGACCGGCAGUGCUAUCGGGUGUUGGGGAACAGCAUCAAUGUGCUGGUCGUAAGUUCGUUGCUUGAUGAGCUGGAAUAA